UCGCCGGUGUCCCCGCCCGCACAGUCCUCGCGCACACUCGCGCUCGGGCGCACACGGAGCAGGAGCAGGCUCCCGGAGCGAGCCAGCCAGCAGCGAGCCGGGGACCCGCCGGGCUGAGCCCGCCGAAGCACCAGCGAGCCGCGCCCGCAGCGACCCCACGCCCGAGCCCCGCAGCCGUCCCCCGCCGGCCGGUGUCCCCGCCGUCCUCCCUGACCCAUGGCGCUGAAGCGGAUUCAGAAAGAAUUAAGUGAUCUUCAACGCGACCCACCUGCUCACUGUUCAGCUGGCCCCGUGGGAGAUGACUUGUUCCACUGGCAAGCAACUAUUAUGGGGCCUCCCGAUAGCGCGUAUCAAGGUGGAGUGUUCUUUCUCACUGUACACUUUCCGACAGACUACCCUUUUAAACCACCAAAGAUUGCUUUCACAACAAAAAUUUACCAUCCAAACAUAAACAGUAAUGGAAGUAUUUGCCUUGAUAUCCUGAGGUCACAAUGGUCACCAGCUCUGACUGUAUCAAAAGUUUUAUUGUCCAUAUGUUCCCUGCUUUGUGACCCCAACCCAGACGACCCCUUAGUGCCAGAUAUUGCACAGAUCUAUAAAUCAGACAAAGAGAAAUACAACAGACACGCAAGAGAAUGGACUCAGAAAUAUGCAAUGUAAAAUCAAAAAAUUUUUCAUAUAUACAAGAGUACUGUAAAAUCUAGGUUUUUUUCAAUAUCAGCAGUAAAUUGAGCACUGUUUACUGUUUCAUUGUACCAUGAAAUCCUUUGAUUUUUAUCCAUUUUAAAUGUAUUUCUGAAGCAAGACAAAACAAACUUCCAAAAAUACCCUUAAGACUGUGAUGAGAGCAUUUAUCAUUUUGUAUGCAUUGAGAAAGACAUUUAUUAUGGUUUUUAAGAUACUUGGACAUCUGCAUCUUCAUCUGACAAGAUCUACAAUGCAUCUGAGAAGCAACCAAAUUAUUUUUUUGCUGAAACUAGAUGUUUUUACAUGAGAAAUACUGUAUGUGCUGUCUGUCGUCAGUUUUAUAAAUCUGUAUUCAGAUUUCAUUUUUGUUAGCUCACUUUAUAAUUUGUAUUUUUUUACUGUAUAGACUAAAUGUAUUCUAUUUACAUGUAUGUCAAGUCAUUACUUUUUUCCCUGUGAACAGUAUUGAAAAAGCCGAACAGCUGAUAAUUAAAUGAAUUAACUGUUUGUCUCCCUUGUCUUAGGGUAUUCUGUAGAUCAGUUGCAGAUUUCUUAAACCUGAAUGAUCUUUACACUGUAAUUCUCAUUAUACUGAUUAUGGAGAAACACUUGUUUUGAUUUUGUUAUACUUGACUUAACUUUAUUGCAAUGUGAAUUAAUUGCACUGCUAAGUAGGAAGAUAUGUAACUUUUAUUUGUUGCUAUUCACGUUUGAAUUUUUUUUCUGUAUAGGCCAUAUUACCAUGACACCUUUUACAGAUCUUAAUGUAGCUUUUCCAUAUAAAUAAAAUGCUUUUUCUACUAUUUGUCUUGAUUACUUAAAAAGAUUUAGAAAUAUAAAUAAGAAUCAUAAGUCUAUGUAAAAUUUUGCAUGUAAAUUAGUUCCAAAUUGUGAGACUAAGGUCUGUUGAUUGGCUAAUUAUUCAUCACUAAUGAUAUCAAUUUUAUUGCUUUAGGUUUGUGUCUGUUUACUCAUUGUCAGUCUAAAGGAUGAUAUACACUGGUCCCUUGUUAUAGAAGAAAAUUUAGAAUUUUGGGGGGUUUGUUUAGAUCAUAUCUAAAAUGGAUUAUUUACUGAAGUACUAAGAUUUGUGUGUGUAAGGUAGUGUCACCUACACUGAAGACUAAUUAGGUCAGUUUAUUAAAAUAGCAGUCUAGCUGUAGCUGACAUUGUAUUUCUUCACACUUUAAAAUUUAGAAUUUCUAAAAUAGAAUCUUAAUGCCAUCACAGUUUGAAAAAGAACAUUCUUUUUUUUUUUACUAUAGAAGUUAUAGAGAAAAUUCUAAAAUGAUGCUUCCUGUUUUUAUAUAUUGCCAGUUAAAAGUAGUUUAAAUAAGCAGGUUAUCUUUGCAGAUUUUAAAGAAAGCUUGAAAGUUCUAAUGUUUAACUUUGGAAAAAAUACAUCUCUAAUUAUUAGCAUGCUUACCAGAGUUGGAUGCGUGUCAUUUUUAAGAAGAGCCGGAGUUCUUCCGAUCCUUGCAGUAGUUGUAGAAGUGUGCAAGAGUCUGUGAUGGGUGUCGUCAUUAGCAAGGCGUCUAGGUCACUGAAGUAUUUUAUCAUGGUUCAUUAUCAUGAAAUUGCAGAAUAACCAAUUGUUAGAAAAUGUGUUUUUAUAAAUGAAUGUAAAAUAAUUACAUGAAUUGUGAAAUGUUUAUGAAAAUAUAGGUUUAAAAAGUAAUUAUAUUAAGUGAUGUCUUCAAACAGCCAAAUCAUGAAAAACACUACGUCACUAGCUAUUAUUAUAAGCUACAUUCUCCCAGAAUCUGAGCACUCAACAACAUGAGGUUUUAGUAUUUAGUAUAUUUUGAUAGUGAAGGGUUUUGGUUCAUGAAUAUCUUUCACUUUUUUAUAAACUUUCAUUUGUGUGGCAUUUAUUUUUGGAAGUGUCCCUUUUUCUUUAUUAAAGUUUUUGAAACUUA